GCCUGCUCUCUCGAGCAAAUAAUAAAAACAACAACAACAAAAUAGGAAAAAAACUAAACAAACAACUGUAUUUUGAAGUAAAUAGUAUCAAGGAUUAAUUUUAACAUGUCUGGAAGAGGUAAAUAUCGUAAUAACCGCCAUCGCGACAAUAAGCACACGCUGUCCUCGGUUGCCCGAGAAACUGCUGUAUCGUUGCCAGCUGAUAGCCCGAUACUGGCUAUGUUCAAGACAGCUGCUUUGAAACUUAACGCUCGUCAGGAUCGCCACGAACGCUUGGUGAAAUUAUCCAGGGAUAUUACAAUUGAAAGCAAAAGAAUAAUUUUUUUAUUACACUCUGCCAUUACCAAAGAAGCAUGUGAAAAAGCAGUCUCAGAGGCAAAUGAAAGACUUCAAAAGUUGGUUAAAGGCCCAAUCAAGAGUAUAGGGUUAGAGCUCGAAAAUGUUCCAGCAUACUUACAUUCUAAUGCUGUUACUGCAGGCUUCCAGGAGUUCAUUGAGGCACAAACACUGUGCUCUUUAAUGGAAAGACAGUCUAUAAUAACCUGGCGCGAAGUGCAGAAUGACCUUACAUAUGAAGUUGAGGAUAUAGCUAAGGAUGAAUCUGAGAGGACAGUUGUGACCAUGCUGACACAAAAUGAUUAUAUGCUUGGCUUAGCUGACUUGACUGGUGAACUAAUGAGGAGAGCCAUCAAUAGUAUUUCCAGUGGAGAAAGUGAGGAAUGCUUCAACUGUUGUCAAAAUGUCAGGGAGCUGUAUACAGGCUUUUUAGGCGUGACCGGGUGCGGGCGCGAGCUGGUGCGCAAGCUGGGCACGACGCGGCGCAACGUGGAGAAGGUGGAGGGCGCGGCGUACGCGCUGCGCGUGCGCGGCGGCGAGGCGCCCGGCGCGCUGCUGCCCGCCGCGCUGCUCGCCGCGCCCGAGCCCUGGCCCGAGCCCGCGCUGCACCACGACGACCACGACGAGGGCUUCUACUGAACCCAACCACCUGUUUAAGCUUAAUAAACCGAUAGUCUUGC